GAUUUGCAAGACCUCAGCACUAAUCAGUUGGCGGUAACGUCGGGUCACUUGCAGCAUGGGUAUUGCUCGAGAUCGUAUUCACAAAAGGGCCAAGACUGGUGCCCGUAGGGAGCGGAACCGCAAGAAGAGGAAGUUCGAGUUAGGUCGUCCGGCUGCCAUGACAAAACUGGGGCCUAAACGUGUACACACUGUACGUGUCAGGGGUGGAAACUUCAAGUUUCGAGCAAUGCGUUUAGACCAAGGGAAUUUUAGUUGGCCUUCACAGGCUAUCUCGCGAAAAACCAAAAUUAUCGAUGUUGUUUACAAUGCUUCUAACAACGAACUCGUCCGAACAAAGACCCUUGUUAAAAACGCGAUCGUUCAGAUUGAUGGGGCACCAUUCAGACAGUGGUUUGAAGCUCAUUAUUUGAAGGAACUCGGUCGGAGAAAACUAGUUAGCAAAAAGGGCCAUACUGUCACUCAAGAAAACCCAGAGGAUGACAUUUUGUUAAAAAAAAGAAGCAAAUCAGCUUUGAAAAAAUACGAAACUCGCCAAGCAUUACCUCAAGCUAAUGUAGAAGAACCACUAAAAGAAGAAUUCGUUACUGGUCGAAUCCUAGGUAUUUUAUGUUAAAUUAAGUUAUCAUUUGGGUUUAGCUUGUAUUUCCUCAAGACCUGGUCAGGUUGGUCGAGCAGAUGGAUAUAUUCUCGAAGGAAAGGAACUGGAGUUUUAUGCCAAGAAACUGAAGGCAAAGAAGGCCAAGUGAUUUUGUUAAAAUAAAUUUCGUUGGACAGACGUUUUUCUUUAUGAAGUUGUAUUCAGUGUAUUUAUGUUUGCGUUUUCCCAUGGUUUUAAUCCAGUGUCUUCAAAUUCAAGUUUUGAGAAAACCAACUUUGAUAACAUAAGCCUAGUUAAAAAUGACCGCUGAUUGACAGUCGAUCAUCCUGUAUUCUUGAAGGCCUUAGUCUAUAUCAAUUCGUCGUGAUCCCAAUCAGCCUGCGUGCUGUCAUACUCAGGAACUUACAAUAAUGCCAUUAAAUUAGGUUAGGUAUAUCUAUUAAGUUCUGAACCGCAAUGUAUAAGGGUUAAUUGUAAAACUCGGUUUUCCAGGUCAAAGUAGAUGAACCGAAAAUUGUGCCUGUAAUCAGUAGACUUUUGAAGGUUAAUAAUUCAUCGGUCGCUAAUAGUCAAGUUAAUGCCUUCGGGUAGCAUAUUUUCGUAGUAUUCCUCUAAUUGUCAGCUCAAUAGUUAAAACACCUGUCGGUUCUGUUUUUUGUAGGGUUCCUAGGCAACUGGCAGGAAAGUAGUCAUUUGCUCCAAUUACCUCAUCCUUGACAAACAGCUGGAGAGAAUCAUCCAAAUGUUGCAUCACAUUACUUUUGGUUGACAUAUUCAACAAAAUGGUCGGAUGCUGGGAUGGGCGAACGGAAACGUCUGGAGGCUUCUAUGCUUAAGUGAUGUAAUGCAAACCAGUACUGUUAGCAUCAAUUUUGUUCUGAAGGCCAUGAUUCCAUGUAUAUACCAGUCGUAAGUAGGCAGGACAAAGUCUGGUUUAGAGUUUAAGCACUUCUGUCUGCAACCUUUAAAUUAAGUUCAACCGUCUCGAAAACAUAUUUGUAUUCGACAAUAUGCUAGCACAAAUGUGUUAUUAAGAGACUAGGUUCGGUUGUUGCUGUUCUCCAGUUUAAAGUAAGGGAGUUACGCUGGCGGUUUGUUUCAUGUAAGUUGGGUUGGACGUGAUCACGCACUUUGAGCAUCCAUCUACUGCAGUUCCCCACGUUACGUGGAGAGGUAUCAUGCAGGAUAAUAGCCAGUGGAUAGCUUCUCCAGAACUGUGCAGCAAUCAUAGGCUGUUUGAGUUGCUUAGGUUCUAACUAAAGUUUCCUCAAAGUUAAGUCUCUAUAGACAUUGACUAAGAAUGGGUAGCAGAUGACGUCACUUCUUACUUUCCUCGAAGCUCAAUUAUGUUCUUACCUUACUCGUAUGCUUGUUUUUUGUUGAAACUCCUUAGUGACUUUUGUGAGGUGUGACUAUCGACACAACAUAGUGUUGUUUGAAAAAGCCGCACUCGUCAAGAAGUGCAUGAGGUUUCUUGUGUUCGAAAAAAUACUGAUCGUACGUAGAUUGCGUUCAUAUUUUACCCUGUCGAGCUGUUGUAACCACUGGAAAGUGUACCAGUUAACAUGUUUAGUUCAACUAAGGUGAAGGUUGCAUGACAUGAGUAUGACUCCUUGCUACCAGCCAAGUCCUACUGAAAUCCGUCACAUAAUUUGUGUAUUAACUUUUUAAACCUACUAAGUUAUUGCUGUAAUCAAAAAUUUAGGGACUGAGUAGUGGGUGUUGAGGGCACUUGUUUACUUAAUUACAUAUAACAAGAUGCCCUUCUGUGGACUUCUACUUUAGGAGUCUCAUGCAUCUACCAGGUAGAAGCUUUGAAGAGAGUUAGUGUGCCCGAGAAACAGUAUACAGUCCAGCCCUUGCGCUGGGAAGAAGGAAUUUCAACCUGGAUACAAUCUGUACGCUAUUCAGUUCUGUGGAUCUGAUUGUCAGCGAAUUAUUUUCUAGAGAAGUUCCUGUUUAUAUACUCUAGUCAUCAUAUGGUAGCUAAUGCUAUACUUUCCAACUGUAAGUGCUGGGCGAAGUAUGGAGAGUAGGGUUCUAUCUACUCAGUUUUAUAACUACUUUUACCGAGUUUGAAAAGAAAGUAGCACUUUUUUCCACAUUGAUUCUUUAGACUGAUUGUUAGGUUAUUAGGACGGUCUAAAUGCUACGAAAUUGUCAGCCUAAAAUAAGUCAGUUGGUCAAAGUGACCAGAUCAUCAGCUGUUGCCAAAAGUGACUCGUCAUUUCUAAUAUUAUUGGUAGCCACCUUAGUUUUAUUUAAAGUGCAUGGUAUACUGUUGAUAGACUUUCAAAUCGAAACUUAACAUUAUCAGCGUUGCUUUUUGGGAUGGUAACAUACGGCAAUUUACUUGUUCAUAUGUACAUACCACAGCCCUUAUGCUGCAUAUGAUAUGGCUUUUCCGAGAGGGAAGAGCCUCGUAAACACAUCUCAGGAGUAUAUCGUAUAAUCCCAUACAUGAAAUUAAGUAUUUUCAGAUUUAACUACCAGGAACAGACCUGGUUGUCUGUUGUGAGUGUCAACUCGUCAGUCAAAUGUAACCUAAAACCCAGAUGGUUGCGGAGAAUCCUCACGUUCUCUAAUGUCUUACCUAAUAUUAUCAUUUGUUGCUCCACGUCUGAUCUACGUUAGCACGCUAACACUGGGGGGUGAAGUACGGGAGUGCAUUGGCCACUUAAUUUAUUUGUGAAAUCGAAUCAGCUGUGAUAGGUCAGUGACUGCGUGUGUUAAAAGCCCCGACUGUCUUUCACCAAUUUGCUCUAUCUCUGGCGCCGGAAAGAUACCUGUUGCGUCGAGCGUAGUUGUGAAAGUCAUCACAGGCGGGUAACACGAGAAGACUUCAAAUGUUCGGCUGCCAUUGCUUUGAUAAGGUAGGCCACUUGUUGUGGUAUCACGUCAGCUCAAUUCAAGAAUUUUCGUUAGGUAAGGUACAGCAAACCACCGGCUUCUAUGGCUGGGACAUACACUAUAUGAGCCUAACCACCGUCUGCUUGUUGCGCCAUGUUAUCUGAAGUAGGCUCUGUUGAAAACCACUAUAAAAAUUUGCGUCGUUCCAAGAGUUUUGUACAGGUAUACUGACUGUGUUGCUACAUUUUGAAGUUAUGUACGUAGGCACAUAGACGAUUCUGGUUGGUUUUUGUUUUAUUUCGAAUGUUAUUUCAUUUUCAUGUUACUAAGUUGAUCAUAAUGUCUAAACUCACUGCGUAAACUCUGAAGGAAUUUCAGACGGCAAUAUUUCUUCCGUCAGACAUAGUUCUUUCGUCAUAGUUCAACCAGCCGUUUGCUGUUUAUGCAUACCACAUCGAACUUUAUUCGAAAUGUCCUACUGACAUUCCUUAUAUACAUACGAUUUUUCAUCCAGGCAAGUAUUUACUCAGAAAAGUUAUGUGGUGUUCUCCGAGCUCUGAAGUUUGUUAUUGGGCGUUUCAUCCUCUGGCUGGGCAACUUCCUCAGCGCUUCAUUAAGAUAUAGAUGUUACUAUGGUUGGGUUUAUUACAUAUCAUCAUUUCCUAAACUGUGCUUGAAAAGUAAAAGGUAUAUAUGUUUAAAUUAUAUUUAAGUUACUGAUGGGUGACUUCUGUAACACAAUUAUAAAUUUCCGCUUCACUUAUGUUCAUUAUGAUAAGAUUACUAUAGUUUCACAGUGUUGAAUGUAUUCCGCUAUUCGUUUAGCUAAAUUAUUGUCAGUGCAUUGAGCGAGAUAAAAUUCACUGCAAAUGUUGAUACUGAUUUUUGUGAGUUUCAAUUCAAUAGGAAUCGUGAACAAUAAAUGCGAUGUUAUUGAUAAGGACUAAAGUAAAUAAAGACUUCUAGUAAUUAACUCGCUCAUCAAUUUAUAGGUGCUUAAACUAACUUUUAGCCAAUCUGACGACUUGCACCAAAGCGAAACGUAGUUAACGCAUUUUAAGUAGUUUCGUCGCAAUUUGACUUUAUACAAGUGGAUUAAUUUAUCACUGAAGAGUAAGAAACUCCAUUUUAUCUACAAAGUAUGAUAUCCCUAAUACACGUUAAGAUGUAAAUAUCACCAAGUAACAGGAGCACUAGUAAUAAAAUUAACAUGUAUUCCAACCGGAAAAAUUAAUUUCUGAUCGUUUUCUACAUCGGGUAUCAUGUCAGAUGAUACUUAUUAAUGGAUCGUUUCUUUGAAUAAAGGUGAAUCUUACUGGGAUUAAGUUUGCUGUAAUGUUCAUAAAAAUCAAAGUGGAAGGUUUUUUAGCUCAGGAUAUUAGUGAAGAUUGUUUGAUGUUCUGCGAUUUCUUACAUUGCACAUCCUAAUUAAAGUAUCUAUUUACUUUAGUAAAGAUUUUCAUACCCAUAAUUGUACUCAUCAUAUUUAUAUUGAACAUUACUGUUUGUAUACAAGAACCACUUGGCUUACAUUCAGUGUAAAUAUAUGAUAAGUAAAGAAAGUAACAUAACUAUAUUAAAUUCUUUAUAAUCAGGUUUAUGCGGAAUGUGAUUUAAUGACAUUCAGCUUUAAGACGAAUAAGAUCAGUUCUUAUUGAAUCCAGAUUUUCUUCCAGCCUGAAAAGAAUAAAUUGCAUAAAAGUUUUGUGCGAAAUAAGAUCAUUACAUCCACUGGUGAAUAGAAUAUAUUUGAGUAUUAUAAAGCCACUUAUUGGUUUCUGAGUAAUUUCUAAUUGACUUACAUAGUAAUUUGGUUGGUUGUGGUUAACAGAAGAACCUAGGACCCGCGUCAGCUGGAUGUACCUGCACCCCAGUGAUGUUGUUCCCACUGAGACUCUAACCUUGUACCCAUCGCUUCAAACGCCAAGGCGUUAUCCACUAUGGUACGGAGGAACAAUUACCAGUUCUUGUACAACGGGUAGCAGUUAUUACUGGAUUCUUCUGCUAGUCACAACCAACCAAAUUAUCAUCAUUAACAUUCAGGCAAUAUCGAGGUAUCCGUAUAGGAGCCCAUAUGCUAACAGAGGUCCGACAAUUCGAUCCAACAAAACAACGGAGAAUAACAAGUAUGUCAAUAAAUAGUAAUGAUUUAAAUAGCGUUAAAAAACACUUUUCUCUAAGUCUUGACUCAAGUUGGAAGUCAGGCUUUAAUUUCAUUUUGAUUUCUUUUCAAAGCGUCAUCGGUGUAGGACAUACUUCUAAGAUAAUUUAAUGAAUAAUUGUUGUACACAGUGCAGAUUUCUUUUCAGAGAAUUUCUUACAUUUAACUGUAGACCAAUAAAUAUGGAUUUCAAAGUUCACUUAAAAUUUUCUAUGGUUUCAUCUUGUUACUUUCUUGAGUUUUUAGAAAAAUCGGAUAGUAUAAACCUGUGGUUCAUUGGAUUAGGCAGUUUAUUUUCCACUAAGUGGGUCACGGGUUCAAACACUACCCCACUUACUGAGGUUUUGACAGGCAGGUAGUAUUGUUAGCCCUCGUAUUAAUACGUAUGCCUCACUGCCUACUUGAUAAAUAUGUACAAGGUUUCCUUUCUUGUAAAUGAAUGUGUGUCAUAGCUUUGUAUUUUAAACAGCAAUUACGUAUUGAAAUUAUCCAUCAUUUGGUAUAGUCUACUGAACUCAUACAUUGUAUUGCACAGUUCACUCACUGUUGUGCUUCAAUUACCUUAAUAAUAAACCAACUGACUAAUCAUAAAAACGGUUGAAGAGAAUAAAGCAGAGGUGAAGAAAGUCUUCUGCUCAUAUCACCGUAACAAUAAAAAUACAUUUCUAAAUAAUUUUUUAGAGUAAUGAUCAUGGAAUAAGAC